CGGGAACGAGUACACCUAUCUUGUUUUCAUCAUGGAUCAUGGCAGACUGCAGAGAGCAACCUAACCAAAAGACAUGCUCUGAAAGCUAGGAGAAUCGUAUCUACGAAUAAGAAUUGAGUAUUGUGUGUAUUAACAAUUAUUUUACAGUACAAAAUCUGAUUAACAAUGCGGCUUGGAUUGGCUCUAUUAACCAUCCAUAUAAAUAAAAUACCAUACAGAUUCAGAGGGAAAUAUCGUAGAGUUAAAAAACCGUCUCUGCACGAUUUACUUAAGAUGAAGCAAGAUUUUGAGAGGGAAGAGCAAAACAUGUUGAUUUUGCGGCAUCCCUAUCUCACGCUUGAACAAAGUCAUGGUCACAUGAAGGAUAUGUACGUCAACAGCAGAAAGCAAAAGUUUUUCGAGAAAGUACUAGCAGAAAAUCGUCAGAAGUUUCAGAAAGAAAUUACUAUCGCGGAACGUCUGUGCCACAUGAGAGUUACAGAAGCUUGGGAUUGAAAUCUUUGUACAGACAUGUGUCUUUCCCUCAUAAAGCAAAUUUGCAAAAUCUGCCACAACUGGAUCGGCAUUAACACUGCUAAUUCCUAUUACUUUG